AUGCAAACUCCCCCUCCAACCUACGUCCUCGCCCCGCCCAUCACGCAGAGGUCUUCUGCCUUCACGCGGGGUUCGCCGCAAUGCCGACGCCAUGCAUUCCGACACCAAUUCAACACCACUGACAUCAACCAUCCCGCCGCGGCCUCCAUACUUCCAGGUCCAAGCCUAUCCCGCCUUCGGCCAACACGUCGUCUGCGCCCACCCCAUCAAGGUCGUUUCACAACGUCCACUGCGGUAGUCCAGUCCCCGUUUCGCCCCGUCCCGCCAAUUCAGACUUUCGGCCCUGAUGCUCAACAACACAUUCACGCUCUCGGUCCCAUUCCUGUGCAUGACAACCCCCCUGCCGACGUUCGAAGGACCCGGCCUCGUCGGAAGCAGAGGAGACCACCUCACCGAUCUCGGCCUCCCGCGCUCGACAACCACAUCAGAGAAACUGACAUCAUACAGAAAUGUGCAGUGUAUUCAUACAAUGUCCAAAUGAAAACCAUGGCCAACAAGAAGGAUCUCGCAGGUUGUCUCAGUCUUCUCGACGACCUGCGCAGUGCAGGUUGUGCCCCAGACAAGUACACCUACAGCACGAUCAUGACGUGCUGCUCCCGUGUACAUGCCCCAGACGUGGCUAUGGAGCUCUACAACAAGAUGAUCAUCGAAAAAGUUCAGGUUGAUGACUAUAUUCGCACCAACCUUCUUACCUGUGCUGCCAAUGCUUCCCCGCCGCGCCUGGACACAUGCGCGCUCGUGUUCAAAUCCACCCGCAAACCGUCACAGGUCAUGUGCAACGUCAUGAUGGACGCGUAUGCCCGUGCUGGCCUCAUCGAGGAAUGUUUGUCGACGUAUAGACACAUGUCAUUGCAAUCAUUGCGGGCCGACAAAUACACUGUCAGCGCCCUCAUUAAGGCGUACGUCACGACAGGGAGGCUCGACGAGGCCGUCGAUAAGAUUCACGAGAUGCACGCCGCUGGUCUUGAAGUCAAUGCAGCAGCCUACGGACAGGUCAUGGACGCGUUUGGGAGGGCAGGAUCCCUCGACAAAGCAGUUCGAGUGUUCGACACGAUGACUCUACACGGUGUGGAACCGACGCAGAUCACCUACAAUAUACUUAUUGGCGCUUGUGAGCAAGUCUCUAUGACUGAGCACGCGUUUGAGAUCUAUGAGGAGAUGAGGGCGAUGACGUCAUUCCCUGGUGAUCGAUACACCCUUCACUGUCUCAUGAAGUGUUGUCUCCGCUCUAUGGACGGCUGGCGUGCAUUGGAUAUCUACCGCAGGUUGAAAAGAUCACCGUUUCCUUGCAAUCAAGUAAGCUAUCGGCUGGCAGUGACGGCAGCUGGCCAGAUAAUGGAUCUCGAAGCAGUCCUGGAAGUGGCUGAUGACAUCGCGAGGCACAAGUCGAAGAUGAGACACGACACUGCAGCGUUCCUCACGGCAGCAUUUAUACGCUGCUCAGACCUUGAGGCUGCACUGAGGUACUUUGGCGAUCACCUGAAGCAUCUAUCGUCAGAAGAUGCGGUUGUGCGGUUCUUUGAAAUGAUGUGUACGGCCUUGAAAGCUUUCGAAAAGCGCAGCGUGGAGAGCGAAAAGGAUUUCGAAUACACUUCCUUAGUGGUGAAAGAAAUGGAGAGGAGCUGGCGCCGUGGGCAGUAG